CAUUACGCCUCGUUUUGAUCGGAGCGGUCUUGGUAUCGUAACCAAUGACCGCCUGGGUAGGUAUAAAAUUCUGAAUUUUAGCAGACGAAUUAUUUUCACCAAGAAGCAACGACUCAGCCCCACAAAACAAUGUCAAGAACACGAGAUUUUGAAGUAUUCCCCGAUAUAUUGGGAUUUGUGAAGUAGGGAGGAUACCCGAGGACUCUUUCGAGGUCGUCAGUCAGGAUUCAGAAGAGGUCAAAGACGAGGAAAUGGUAGAAAUCGAGCAAGCAGACUGGGAAUUCCCUUGCUGCGUGACGUCAUCUUCACAAGCAACAAUAUGGCGGAGUUCCGGACACCAGGCUGGAUCAUUCUUUGACGAAAACGGAACAUAUAUACCUUUCAAAUCGUAUUUAAUUUGUUUAAUUUUGAAACCUUUUAGAAUAGAAAUUAAUACCUCGCUGUCGGUCAUUGGUUGUAUAAUCAAGACCGCUCGGGUAGACCUCAAAUUACGUCCAAAACCCUCGGCGAAGCGCCUCGGGUUUUGGACUGCAUUUUCGGUCUACCCGAGCGGUCUUGAUUAUACAACCAAUGACCGCCAGCUCGGUAUUAAUUCCUUAAACAAACACCGUCAUUGUGAGGAAAUUAGAAUAAAUAUUAUGGGAUGUGCCACGUUUCGAGAGAAGUUGUGCACUGUAAUAACUUGAUUGAUCUCCUGAGCUUUUAGAAUUGGAGUGAUGGGAAAAUCUUCCAAGGAUAAGCGUGAUGUUUAUUAUCGCCGGGCAAAGGAAGAGGGGUGGAGAGCCAGAAGUGCCUUCAAGCUUCUCCAGAUUGAUGAGGAAUUUGGCAUCUUUAAAGGUGUAAAAAAAGUGGUUGACCUCUGUGCUGCCCCAGGAAGUUGGAGUCAAGUCUUAUCAAGAAAACUAAGGGGUGAAGAUGGUAAAAAUGAUGCCAAGAUAUUAGCUGUUGAUCUGCAGGCUAUGGCCCCCAUUCCUGGAGUGAUAACAAUACAAGGAGACAUCACUAAGGUAUCCACGGCCCAUCAGAUUAUUGAUCAUUUUGAUGGCAACCAGGCUGACCUUGUUGUCUGUGACGGCGCCCCUGAUGUUACAGGCUUACAUGACAUUGAUGAAUACAUCCAAGCACAGCUACUACUUGCAGCACUGAAUAUAACAACUCAUGUCCUGAAACCCAGUGGCACGCUUGUAGCAAAAAUAUUCAGAGGAAAAGAUGCGACGCUCUUGUAUUCCCAAUUGAAGGUUUUUUUCCCCUUUGUUACAAUUGCUAAACCAAGGAGCAGUCGCAAUUCAAGUAUCGAAUCGUUUGUUGUAUGUCAGAACUAUUCUCCACCACAAGGUUACAUUCCUAAUAUGUCUAAUCCUCUCUUGGAUAAUCAUUACGAUAUUGAUUUCAACCAACUUGAAGGGCCCAAUCGUAUAAUUGUACCCUUCCUUGCAUGUGGUGAUUUGAGUGCAUUCGACUCAGAUAAGACAUACCCUUUUGAGCUGAACAAUGAGAGAGUAUAUACAUACCAUGCCCCCAACCAGAUGCCAAUAGACCCACCGUACAAGGAGGCAUGUGAACGAAAACGUAUGGAUCAGUUGUCAUAGCCUGUGCCCGGCAUUAGUGCUGCAUGUGAAAUUAGUUUUUCAAAAAGGGAAUCGUGUAGGUUGGAACUUUCAGUGAACCUGAUGAUGGUAAUAUUGUGACAGCAACAGGACAUAAAAGAAGUAAAAGUAUAAAAAACGUGACAGAAAGAAAAGUUAGAACUGAUUAAAUGUAAUUAUUGAAACUAUUACUAAUAAUUAUAUCCACUCGAUGCAUGUACACAUUUCGUUGCAACUUAUUGUACGAGUCUUGGUCUUGAACCCCUCAGAAAAAAGUCAUGAUGACUGUCCCGACAUAUGCAGUGAAAUAUUAGAGAGUUUGACUUCACCUUGGUUUUGAUUUCGAUUAAUCAACAAAUAUACAGGUCCAUGUAUACGCCAGCCCUCAUACUUAUGAGCUACAUUUUGAAGGCACACUAUUGAUCUGAAACUCAUUUUUCUACCAGAACCCUACCUGUGACAAAAAAGAUAACAUGCUCAAGGUGUAAAUUUAAAUUCUGCAUCAAAUCUGAUGUGAAUGGUUUUGAAGUCAGAGCGGAAUAAACAAUAAAGAAAAAGUAUGUUUUUGUAGCCCUAAAA